AAUUCGGCUUCAUAUUUCCUUGGGGAUGCAAAGAACGAUUCUUUACAACGUAUCUACGGCAUUUCGUUCCCGGACACAAAACAAAUGACUGAAUACAAGAAGUUCAUAGAAGAGGCUGGGAAGAGGGACCACCGUAAGAUUGGCAAGGAUCAAGAGCUUUACUUUUUCCAUGAGCUUAGUCCGGGUAGUUGCUUUUUCCUUCCUUAUGGUACAAGGAUUUACAACACUCUUGUCGAAUUUAUUAAG